CCUUAUACCUCGUUUGUGCACUGUCCUAGAGAGGCUAAUUCUGUUGUUCAUGAAUUAGCAAAUUUUGCUAAGGGCCCAUCUUGUAAUAGUUUUUGUUGUUGAGCCUCCUAGCAAGCUCAUCCCUCUUUUAUUAAGUGAUAUAACACUGGUCAGUUAAAAAAAGUGAUGUAACACUGGUUGAAUCGUAAAUAAAGAGUGGGAUAUGAUUUUAAAAAAAAUACAGCUGUAUCUAUACUUCUUUUCGGACUUUUAUAGCUGUUUUUAAGACACGUUUUCAGUUUGGAAGGUACUCCAUACCUUACGGUGCCAGGACCGCAGAGACGGGACUCUCCCGGCCAUGGCCGAUUAGGUUAGGGUUUCGACGGUUGCCGCCGCCGCAUCGCGUAAAGGGGUCGGGGUGCUCGAGCACGAGCGGAGGGCGCCGUCGGUGUGCGUCCCGAAAAGGCGGCCGCGGGCACGGGCUCGAGCGGAGAGAUGCUGCACGAGCAUGAGCACCCUGCAGCAGAGGACAUUCCCGAAUCUGAUCCCGACGAGUGUGUAGUUGAUGUCAAGAAAACAGAGUUGCACAUACAAGAUAUACGUGAAGCGAAACUUUUGAUCCAAGAGCUGAAUCAAUCGGGCGUGGGAGAGGAUAUCAGCGAUGAGGAGUUCCUUGCUUACUUUGACCAGCUGGCUCCCGGGCCUCCGUGGGUUGAUCUCAAAGCUGGGCUGACAGAAGAGGGUCUCGUUCAGCAAUACGUCGACCAUGCACUGUGCCGCUUCAGAUAUUACAAAUACAAGUUGUCACAGCCCAAGGAAGAGCCGCAUGGUGAUAACCUUCUCGAGGAAGAAGAGGACGAUAAGGAAGAAAGGGAAUAUUUAGCUACAUUGACAGAGAAGCAACUUCUUUUCCUUGAGGAAGAUGACGCUACAUCGGAAGAGGAUGAUAACCUUAUGGAUAAAACUGAGCAUGACUUGACUAUCAACGCCUAG